GCCGUAGGUCCGCACAUGCGCAGUGCUCCAGGGCAACGGGAACGGGGUGACCCAGAGUGCCGAGACCCUGCCGCGAUGUUGGGCAAGUUUCUGGGCCCGCGCUACCGGGAGUUGGCCAAGAACUGGGUCCCCACAGCCAGCAUGUGGGGUGCCGUGGGUGCCAUGGGGCUCGUGUGGGCCACAGACUGGCGGCUGAUUCUGGACUGGGUGCCUUACAUCAAUGGCAAGUUUAAGAAGGAUGAUUAGGCAACCCCUCGCCACACACAGGACCUCCCUGGUGCCACAUCCUGCUGCCUCAGGAACAGCUUAGCCCAGUGGAGGAUGCUGAGGAAGCCGGACACUGAGGACGCCCGCAUCGUCCUGGGGGAGCCUCUGCAUUGAUGGACACUUGGGCUUCCUUCAUGGGUUUAGCAUUAAACCUUGUUCUUACACCUCCGA